CGAUCGAUUAAUCAGCCUACGCACCAGGAAGCGGCAGUGCGCACGUGGAAAAUGUCUCUCCUACAUUGUGCACUGUGACUUCCUAUCUAUUCGGUUGAUGGUUGUUAUGUUUCUGGUUUUAUCGGUCAUCGCUGAAUGUUCUUUAGUUUGAAAUACUACUGAGUUCAUCACUGAACCGUUCGAUCAGUUAGACUAGACUGUGUAAAUGGCGGAGUCGGUUGUGGACAGUGAUGAUGAGUGCAGGAUCAAUAAAGGAGAUUAUGUGGUUUUGAAAAGAGGAGAUGUCUACAAAUCCGUGCAGGUCGAGACGAAAAAGAAAAUAAUUUUUGAGAAACAGUGGAUCUUUUUGGAUGCUGCCAUUGGGGAACUGUACGGCUCAACUUUUGAACUGGAUGCUGGAGGAAAGCUCUGUCUACGAAAGCCAAAAAACACUGAAGAAGAUUCCACAGAGGCCAAAGAAGCAGGCCAAGAUAACAGACAUAUAGUAGACGAUGGGAAAUCACAGAAACUGACCAGAGAUGAUAUUGAAUCACUUAAAGAGCAAGGGAUGAAGGGCCAGGAAAUAAUCCAGCAGCUCAUAAACAAUAGCACAACAUUUAGGGAUAAAACUGAAUUUGCUCAGGCGAAAUACAUCAAGAAGAAAAAGAAGAAGUACGAGAGCAAGGUCACAAUACUGAAGCCCACCUCCCGUAUCCUGGCAAUGAUGUACCAUGGCAGAGAACCUGGAAAAGUGUGUCACCUGAGAUAUGACACUUUGGGUCAGAUGCUGACUCUGGGGAACAUUCAUGCAGGAAGUAAGAUCAUCGUGUUUGAGACAUGCGCUGGACUCGUCCUCGGAUCUGUUAUGGAGAGAAUGGGGGGGCAUGGCUCUGUGAUCCAGAUGUAUCCAGGUGGUGGACCGGUCAGAGCAGGCAUGGAGAGCUUUGGCUUCCCUUCACGCUUCCAUGAUACACUACAUGAAUUUCCCUUGUGUAAGGUGAACGCGCUGCUGUCGGGAACACUGAACAUCGAUGAGAAAGACGCAGACUCGGCAAAUAACGGGCAGUCGGAAGAACCGUCAGCUGCACCUUCUUCAGGCAGCUCGGAGUCACAGAGCAUGGAGGUGAGCACAGACCCAUCUGAGGCCAAGAAGAUGGAGGAGAGAGAGAAGCUGCGUGAGCAAAAGGCACAAGAGAAGAGGGUGAGGAUGGAGGAAAAGAGAAAGAGGCUGGCUGCAGCUGUUGCACUGCUGGAGGGACGAAACGCAGAUGGGUUAGUGAUCGCCAGCCGCUUCCACCCUUGUCCAGUACUGCUUGGUUUACUCCGAUUUGUGGCACCAUCCAGACCUUUCGUAGUGUAUUGCCAGUACAGAGAGCCAUUAAUUGAAUGUUACACAAAGCUCAGGGAGCAAGGUGGAGCCAUUAGUCUCAAACUGACAGAUUCCUGGCUCCGGCAUUACCAGGUGUUGCCCAACAGAACUCAUCCAGUGCUGCUGAUGAGUGGCGGGGGAGGAUAUCUGCUUUCUGGAAUCACAGUCUGUGCAGAUGCCACCACCUCAGGAGCUCCCAAAAAAACUGAUGAGCCAGCAGCCAAGAGGAUAAAGCUUGAUGAGAUUAGCAGCACGACUAACAGUUCUUCAUAACCUUUUGUUUGGUCUGAAUUAUUUUAAUCUGAAUAAACAAAAUUCAAAAGAUCAAAGCACAUAUAUUACAUGCCUGUUUAAGUUGCCAGUCUUUAUUAGUACUUUGCUUUUUUUAUCCUUGCUUUUUGAGCACGAGUCUUUCAACCAGGAGCUAUUUUAUUUAAGAAUAACUAAUGUGAAAUAAGUUUAUUUUCACCAACACUAUUGUGGUAGUGUGAUGAUAAUCAAUAAAAUGUGUCAUUAAUGGAAACAUAGUGUUGUCCUUUACCUCAAUAUUAAACCAUAACUUAUCACGAUUAAAAUGUGGUUGAGAGUUUCUG